GCCAAAGCUAUCACCACCUACCUGAGGCUAGGAAGACACUUUAUUGAAAACCAAGGCUGGCUCUUUGGACAUCUUAAUGACGCCACUGGAGGCCGUUCUGGACGGCGCUAGUCUUAGUGGCCAUAUUUAUCUGUUUAAUGAGAAGUAGAGGAUCGGUCGUCGAGUGGCAGAGAAGUGUUUAUUUGUUUCGCAGUAUCCAGACCAGCCAUGUCCCAACACAUUCCCCUUCUGGAGAGCUUUGAUGAGGUGUCUUACCUUUCCGAGCCCAUGGAUGCCUUUGACGAUGAAGACGAUCAUGUGCCCCGGCCGAAGGUCGUCCCCGCGCAGCAGGCUUCUUCCUCCCAGCCGACCCCCACGGCCGAUUCCACGGUCUCAGUGACCCCGGCGUCGAGUAUUUAUAUGGCUGGAGAGACGCCAGAAGCUGCCCAGGCGACUGGUUCCCGCGACAAACAAAAGGAGGGAGCUUACAACGCGCCGAUCUCGUCUAGCGUGCAGAUCAGUGAAGAUGAAGGCGAGAACGAGGACGAGGAGCCGCAAGUUGCGACGUCAUUUGAACGAGACUCAAUGCCCUCCUCUUCCCAGAAACAGAAGGCGGCUCUGCAGGACAGCUUCACCGACGAAGGCGUGAGUCGCAUGCACAAGUUCUCGCUCUAUGAAACCGCCACGAGGUUUUACAUGGUGGGGAUGGACCUGUCGGACACCCGAUUCCGGAUUCUCAAGAUCGACCGGACUUCUGAUACGGGGGAUCUGACUGUCUCGGAGGAUGAUAUCGUGUACACCAAGCGCGAGAUGAGCCAGCUGCUGGAUGCGAUUGAUGAUGGGAACAAGAGUUCCGGUGGCCUGAAGCUCAAGUGCAGUGCUUGGGCGUUGCUGGGGUUUAUCCGGUUCACAGGCGCCUACUACAUGCUCCUGGUCACGAAGAGGAGUCAAGUUGCGAUGUUGGGAGGGCACUAUGUGUACCAGAUUGACGGGACGGAGCUUAUUUCCCUGACGACUGCGGCGUCGUCGCGGCUGAAACCCGAGAAGAACCCGGAAGAAGCACGAUACAUUGGCAUUCUGAACAACUUGGAUCUGUCGCGAUCUUUUUAUUUCAGUUACUCCUAUGAUAUUACCCAGACGCUUCAGCACAAUAUCGCCCGGGAACGCAAGCUCUUUUCUGAUGGAUACCCGCAUCGCAUUGAGCAGGACUACAACACAAUGUUUAUUUGGAAUCAGCACCUGCUGACCCCUGCUCUGGAAAACCUUAAAAACCCUUAUAAAUGGUGUUUGCCGAUCAUCCACGGCUACGUCGACCAGGCCAAGAUGUCUGUGUAUGGACGACUAGUCUACAUCACUAUCAUUGCUCGUCGGUCUCGUUUCUUCGCCGGCGCCCGCUUUCUCAAACGGGGGGCCAACGACCUGGGCUACGUCGCGAACGAUGUCGAGACCGAGCAGAUUGUGUCGGAGCAAAUCACGACCUCAUUCCAUUCUGCCGGGCCGUAUCUUUACUCGAACCCCAACUACACUUCGUACGUUCAGCAUCGUGGGAGCAUUCCGCUAUACUGGACCCAAGAAAGCACCGGUGUGACUCCCAAACCAGAUAUUGAGUUGAACCUGAUCGAUCCAUUCUAUUCGGCGGCGGCUCUCCAUUUUGACAACCUCUUUGAGCGUUACGGCGCUCCCAUCUACGUCUUGAACCUCAUCAAAGCUAGAGAACGCACUCCCCGCGAGUCUAAACUCCUCAAGGAAUAUGGAGACGCUGUCAAUUACCUGAACCAGUUCCUGCCUGAAGACAACAAGAUCAUCUACAAAGCUUGGGACAUGAGUCGUGCGGCCAAAAGCCGUGACCAGGAUGUCAUUGGCACGCUGGAAGAGAUUGCCGGAGACAUCAUCCCAGAGACGGGGUUCUUCAGGAACGGCGAUGAUGUAGAAUCUGGGCUGCAGCUCCAGAAUGGGGUGGCUCGAACAAAUUGCAUCGAUUGCUUGGACCGUACGAACGCCGCGCAGUUUGUGAUCGGUAAGCGAGCCCUGGGCCACCAGCUCCACGCCCUGGGCAUUAUCGAUGUAACCACGGUGGAAUAUGACACUGAUGUCGUUAAUCUCUUUACUGAUAUGUGGCACGACCACGGUGAUACGAUCGCGAUUCAGUACGGGGGUUCCCACCUGGUCAAUACGAUGGCGACAUAUCGUAAAAUCAACCAGUGGAGCAGCCAAUCCCGUGACAUGGUGGAGAGCUUCAAGCGAUAUUACAACAACUCAUUCUUGGAUGCGCAACGCCAGGAAGCAUACAAUCUCUUUCUUGGCAACUACAUCUUUACCCAGGGACAGCCGAUGCUGUGGGACCUAUCGACGGACUACUACCUGCACCACGGCGAUCCGCGACAGUGGUUGAGCCAGAAGAGGCCUAACUACGUGCAAUGGUAUACGCCAGAGUUUCUCAAGAAGCGAGAAUUUCCUCCCCUGCCCCAACGACCGAUGGAAGCCUUGUCCCAUUUCGAUGACUACUGGCUCGAAUACUACCGGCCGCUCGCCGUUUCGUCCUUUUCCAAGAUCUUCUCCUUUAAGAUGAACUCGACUCUCCAGUACUUGCCAUUUCGAACCGCACACGGGCACCCGUAUGACCUCAGCCCAUUCGUGCCUCGUAUCCAACACGAACAGGGGAGUCGGGAACGACAACAACCCCCGCGGCCUAAGGGUGUUCGAAUCCACGAACCAUCAAACACAGUGAGCGAAUACGCCGUCGACUCCUCACCAAUGUCCAAGGCCAACCGAGCCUGGUUGAACCAGCCUCACUCGUCUGAACGGCGGCCUCCCUCGUCGGGGAUUAUGAAGGAACCGGCCAUAUUUGAGUUAACCCAAGACUCGCACCUACUACCUACCGAAUCCAACAAGAACAGCAAAAUCAAUAAUAUUAGCACCCCUAUGACGCCUUCCACCCCGAGCAAGGCUCAAAUUGCGCAAUGGACUCUCGGGCAGCUGGUUUCGGACUCACUGAACCCUUCUGUAACCGCCAACGAGGCAGAGGAGUACGAACGGUAUAUCAACCACCCGCUCAAGGUUCCGCUGGUCGUGACUUCAGAAAACCAGAUCCAGGCCGACUCCUUGCAGGCACAUGGCUCGGCAAGCCUCGACUUGUUCGAAUACGUCAACAAGGGCGCCAUCCAUGAUACGCGGCUAGAAGCCCUCGCUGCGCAGAAUCUGGCCGACUAUGCCGAGUUCCUGGAUGUUUCGGAGGAAGGCUUGACGGUUGUCUCCGAAGACUAUGAGAAGAAGCGUUACAAACGGUAUCGGCAGUGGUUGCGAGGGAAGAGUCUUUUCAAACAACGAGUUGAUCCCUGAUUUUCCCCCCCUACUUUUUGGUCUACUACCACGACUGUACGAAUUGAUGAAUAUAUAGCUGAUAGGUUUACUUAUGCAUACUAUGGGAAGAUGGUCGAGUAUAAAUGAACGUUAUAAAUGAGCGAUCAUAGGAAACUAAUGAGAUAGGACACAACUGCAGUCAGUUGGAAGAGAGAGAAGCUACAAUCAAAAUAAUAAUAGAUGUAUUAAGCCUCAGACUUGAUUGCAUCCAUUUCCACGGCG